AUGAUUCCCACCUCAUUUGUUACCUCAAUCGACGGAGCCAUAAUCCGGAAUUAUGUACUGUCGGCUUCAUCCCCAACUGCAAGAUUUGAAUUCAGGGGAACAGUAAUCGUAACUUCUCCGUCGGCACCGCGUGUGGCGGCUUUCUCCGGCCGCGGCCCCAAUUCUGUAACUCCUCAAAUUCUCAAACCAGAUGUGAUUGCACCAGGAGUUAACAUUCUAGCGGCUUGGACUGGCGCAAGAGGCCCCUCCAAGAAUAAAGCUGAUACAAGAAGAACCGAAUUUAAUAUUAUGUCCGGCACCUCCAUGGCAUGUCCUCAUGUCACUGGAUUGGCUGCCAUGCUUCGAAAGAUGCAUCCUUUUUGGAGCCCGAGUGCCAUCAAGUCUGCAAUCAUGACAACAGCUACCUCUUUGGAUAAUACCUUAAGGACUUUCAUAGAUCUUUCCACUGGACUAACAUCUGUGCCCAAUAUUUAUGGAUCUGGACACGUUGAUGCAGUCGAGAUGCUAGAUCCGGGUCUGGUCUAUGAUGCUGGAAUUAAUGAUUAUCUGGAUUUCUUUUGUAACAUUGGGUAUAAUAGUACCACAAUUGCCAAGUUCGUGGGGAGUUCUUCUCCUCCCGUGGAUUGCCGCAGGCGACAAUUGGGUAAUCCAGGGACUCUAAAUUACCCUUCCUUUUCAGUUCUUUUCACUAAUACUCUACGCACGGUAACCUACAAGAGAACCGUUACAAAUGUAGGGCAGGACAAGAACACACUUUAUGAGGUAAGUUGGAAUAUAUCCCCCGCCACCGUUAAUGUGGUUGUGAAUCCACGUUUCCUCGCAUUCACUAAUGCAGUCACUGUACUAUCUUAUCAAGUAACUUUUACAAGCCUUACCCCAACUCCUAAAGGGGCAUUUGGGUCAUUACUCUGGAGUAAUGGGUUACACAAUGUUACCAGCCCAAUAGCUGUCAUGUGGGGAACAUCUUUGCACUCUGAUCUCUAA